AUAUAAUGUGAACUCCUAUAAUUCACUACAAUUGGCGCUCUUCAUACUCAUCUGCUUCUUCACACGUUUUUCUCCACACAGAAGAAAAAAAUAACUAGUACUCUUUUUCUUCGUCAGCUAUGGCGGCGCUAUUCAAUUUCCGCCUGGAAUUUAUCCUCUUCUUCCUUUGCAUCUUCCCUGUUGCUUUCUCCGACGAACUUCAAACACUGUUAUCUAUUAAAUCAUCUCUAUCAUAUCCCACAACGUCAAAUGUAUUCAAAAACUGGGAGCCGAAAACUCCUUCUUGUAACUUCACUGGCAUCACGUGUAACUCUGAUGGUGAAGUUAAAGAGAUUGAGCUUUCGAGUCAGGGAAUAUCUGGUGGUUUUCCUUUUGACAAGAUAUGUGAUUUGAAGUCAUUGGAGAGGCUUUCACUGGGAUAUAAUUCGCUUUCCGGAGAAGUAACGGGUGAUUUGAAUAACUGUGUUAAGUUGAUGUACUUGGACGUUGGCAAUAACCAAUUCACUGGGACUUUUCCUGAUGUAUCUAAGCUCACUGAGUUGACGCAUUUUUAUGCGAAUAACAGUGGGUUUACAGGAAAGUUUCCGUGGAAUUCUUUUGAUAAUAUGAGUAAGUUGGUUGUUCUUAGCGUUGGUGAUAAUCAGUUUGAUCGUACGCCUUUUCCUGAAGUGAUACUGAAGCUUCGUAAUUUGAAUUGGUUGUACUUAUCGAAUUGUCAGCUUGAAGGGGAAAUCCCUGAAGGAAUUGGAAAUCUAAGUGAACUGAUUGAUUUAGAGCUGUCGAUGAAUCAUUUUACUGGUGAAAUUCCGAAAGGAAUUACAAAGCUGAAGAAGUUAUGGCAGCUUGAGUUAUACGAAAAUGAGUUGACAGGGAAAUUGCCUGUGGGGUUUGGGAAUUUAACGAAUCUUGGAUAUUUCGAUGCUUCGACUAAUUAUCUGUAUGGUGAUUUGUCGGAAAUUCGAUAUUUGGAUCAGUUGGUGAGUUUGCAGUUAUUGCAGAAUCAGUUUUCAGGUGAAGUGCCAGCUGAAUUGGGAGAGUUCAAAAAGCUUGUGAAUGUGUCUUUGUACACUAACAAAUUAACUGGUCAGCUGCCAAUGAAGUUGGGGUCCUGGGCGAAUUUUGACUUCAUUGAUGUAUCGGAGAAUAAUUUCACUGGUCCAAUUCCACCUGACAUGUGUAAAAGGGGAACGGUGAGGGGAUUAUUGAUACUGCAGAACAAUUUCACUGGUGGAAUCCCUGAAAGUUAUGCAAAUUGUAUGUCAAUGGAGCGGAUUCGAGUGAGCAAAAACUCACUUUCUGGUGUGAUUCCUGCAGGUAUAUGGGGGCUACCGAAACUCGAGAUCAUUGAUGUUGCAAUGAAUGAUUUUGAAGGUAGUAUUACUGCUGAUAUUGGAAGAGCAAAAACUUUGGGUGAAAUUUAUGUUGCUAACAACAGAUUUUCUGGUGAAUUGCCUUCGGAAAUAUCAAAGGCUACUUCAUUGGUGAGAAUUGAUUGUAGCAACAAUCAGUUUUCGGGUGAAAUUCCAGGGACAAUUGGGGAGCUUAAAAAGAUUGGCAAUCUUUAUUUACAGAACAAUAAGUUUUCUGGUUCAAUACCUAAUUCUUUAGGUUCUUGUGUUUCACUAAGUGAAAUUAACAUGGCUAAAAAUUCGCUUAGUGGUACUAUUCCUGUUUCUUUAGGAUCUUUACCAACUUUAACUUCAUUAAACUUGUCGGAGAAUCAGCUUUCAGGGCAAAUUCCGACAAGUUUAUCAAAUCUGAAGUUAAAUCUUCUCGCUUUUUCGAAUAAUCAGUUGACUGGAGCAAUACCGGAUUCUCUAGCAAUUGAUGCUUAUAAGGGUAGUUUUGCUGGGAAUAAUGGUCUUUGUAGCCAAAACAUUAAGAACUUUCGUAGAUGCUAUGGUGAAUCUGGAAAGCCCAAAGAAUGGUACACCCUUUUGAUCUGUUUAUUGGUGGCUUUGAUUGUGGUGCUCGUUUCAUUUGCGGGUUAUUUAUACUUUAAGAAGAAGGGUCAUAAGGAAAAUGAGACGUCUUUGAAGCAAAAUUCUUGGAAUACGAAAUCAUUCCAUAUAUUGACCUUCACUGAGGAUGAGAUUCUUGAUGGAAUCAAGCAUGAUAAUUUGAUUGGAAAAGGUGGUUCUGGUAGUGUAUACAGAGUGCAGCUUUCAGAUGGAACAGAUUUCGCGGUGAAACAUAUUUGGACUUCUGAUUCAGGAAACAGGAAAAUAUCAGGAACAACAUCGCCAAUGCUGCGAAAACCUGGGAAGAAAUCAAAAGAAUUCGAAGCUGAGGUUGAAACACUGAGCUCGAUUCGACAUGUGAAUGUGGUGAAAUUGUAUUGCAGCAUCACGAGUGACGACUCGAGUCUGUUAGUGUAUGAAUAUUUGCCAAAUGGGAGCUUGUGGGAUCGAUUGCAUACUUGCAAAAAGAUGUUGCUUGAUUGGGAGACGAGGUACGAGAUAGCUCUUGGUGCAGCCAAAGGACUGGGGUACUUACACCAUGGUUGCGAUAAGCCAGUGAUUCACAGGGAUGUUAAGUCUAGUAACAUCUUGUUGGAUGAGUUUUGCAAGCCAAGAAUUGCUGAUUUUGGUCUUGCUAAGAUUGCUCAAGCUGAUUCAACCAAAGAUUCAACUCAUGUCAUUGCUGGAACACAUGGAUAUAUUGCUCCUGAAUAUGGAUACACACGCAAAGUGAACGAGAAAAGUGAUGUGUAUAGCUUCGGAGUGGUACUGAUGGAGCUUAUUUCUGGGAAAAGGCCAAUAGAACCCGAAUACGGAGAGAAUGGCAACAUAGUUACAUGGGUGAGCAGCAAAUUGCAGAGCAAGGAAAGUUUAUUAAGCAUAGUUGACUCAAGCAUUCCUGAAGUUUUCAAGGAAGAUGCAAUCAAAGUCUUGAGGAUUGCUAUUGUCUGCACAGCUAGGCUUCCCACAUUAAGGCCAACAAUGAGAAAUGUAGUCAAGAUGCUGGAAGAUGCAGAACCUUGCGGACUGGUUGGGAUCAUUGUAAGCAAAGAUGAUGGUAGUAACAAGGCAGAGCAAUUGAAGGAUCACACUAAGAUGUAAUUGGAUCCUCCCGCCGUCGAUGAGUUUUAACCGGAUAACUUCGUACCACUUUGUAUGUUGGGAUAAGUCAGUGUAUACUCUACCCCCCUAGACUCACUUUGUGGAACUACAUUGGAUACGUUGUUGUAGCUUCAUAGGCCACUUUGUCCAUUUCACUCCUCAACCUGAUCUCGACGUUCCGCUACUAGUCCUCUGCGGAAUGUAGAAUGUUGUAGCAAUAUGUAAAGUUUUGAAGAUGGCCUCCUGGCCUUGUAGCAUAUUGUAAUAGUAUAGAAGCUAGAUUCAAGCUAGUGUAUUGAGUUAGAUUAAAUUUAGAGAUGCAUGGCAUAAGUGCCAUAAGAUGUACUAGUAUUAUGUGCUAAAUAAUAAUGGUUAGAUUAAAUUUAGAGAUGCAUGGCAUAAGUGCCAUAAGAUGUACUAGUAUUAUGUGCUAAAUAAUAAUGGUUUAGUAAUUCAAAUUCUUUCUGAA